AAGCCGGAAAUAUACUCGUUAUUGGGUAUUACAUCAUUAUUACGCGUCUAAAGAUGGCGCAUCACGGAUGGCAGGAAGCAGCAGAAGCUCCCAGCGUGUCACCAGGUCCUUCAGCUCCAAGCCUUUAUUCUCCUUACUCACUCGAUCCAAACUACCUCCCUCAAGGCCCUGAGUUCAUAUUUCCAGUCGAAGUACGCAAGAAGUCGUGGAACGAGCAAAUGUUUGAUCGUACGGGAUCCUGUUACCUACUAGGAUUGACUGCCGGGGGUGCGUGGGGUUUAUGGGAGGGGAUAAGACGUCCCGAGGGCCGCACUACGAGACUAAGAGUGAACAGCGUCUUAAAUAGCUGCACCAGGAGAGGCCCUUUCCUUGGAAACACUGCAGCUGUGCUAGCUCUGAUGUAUUCACCUUUGUGUUCAGCACUCGCUCAUUAUAGAGGAGUUGAUGAUAGCAUUAACUCCAUUGCUGCUGCUUCAAUAACUGGACUAUUAUACAAAUCAACAGCUGGUCUAAGAGCUAUGGGUGUUGCUGGAGCAGCAGGCUGUGUGGCAUUAGGUAUCUACUCUAUCUCGUCUUAUUAUUUUGGUGGCAGUCAAUCCCUCCUCUUCUCAUAAUGCAAUAAAUGACACGAUUCGUUACAAUCUAUUGUGAUUUAAUGUAAAAUGUAUAUAUGAUGAUGCAUUGUUAAAUAAAUUAUUGUCCAUUUUUGUUAUUUAUCAGUUAAAUUUUGAUGUCUUGUUAAUAAAGACAUAUUACUAUAAUGUUUAAAAUUUGGGCAAAGUCCAUAUUGACCAAUGGCUCC